CAUACUGAUAUAUGCAGACAUGAAAAUGAAUGACAAGCUGAAGGAAGGACUCAAGCAGCUGAAAAAUGAUUUAAGCUCGCCAACCUCAUGUAAAAAAAAGAGAAAGAAGAGGAAGAAGACAAAAAGAGCAGAGAAACAAGAAGAUCCAAGUGAUGAAUCAGACAUGAGUGCAACUGAUCCAGCAGCAGUUUCUGUUGAAGAAUCAACUCCAUUUGAUGAAAGUGCUUCCAAACCAUCAUCAGCAAGGAAAUGGCCACCAGUUAGCAAGAGGUGGGAAGAACAGCUUAAAAAGCUUGUUGCCACAGAUGAAAGUGAAGUGACAAGAAUUCAUAACAUUAUUUAUGUCAAUGACRAAGAAUUUUGCAUAGCCAAAGGCAGUGAUGGUACAGAGGUUUUCUUGGGUCUGAGAGACGACGGCACAGAAGUCGCCCUGAAAAAAAUGUAUAAAAGCAACUACAACACACUCAAGAAUGAAGAAGGAAUACUUCGACUGCCAGAACUUGAUCAUCCUUAUAUUGUGCGGUAUAUUGAYGCUACUGAGGAUGAACACUUUGGAUAUCUUGCUCUCCAGCUUUGUGAGUACACCUUGGAAGAAAUCAUCAAGGAUGGUGGUGAUGAUAUGGUGGCAAGAAAGAAGUUGAUCUAUGAGUUCCUUGACGGUUUAAAGGUGCUUCACUGUCAAAAUCCUCAAAUUCUCCACAGAGACCUAAAACCGCAGAACAUUUUGAUAGAUAUUAGGAAGAAAGCAAGAUUGGCUGAUUUUGGCAUAAGUAGACGCCUACACAAAGAUCAAACCACUUGGCGAACAGGCAGUGCAGGAACAAAGUGCUGGAAAGCCACAGAGGCGUUAGAGGAAGAAGCUGAUGUGCCGUACAAAUCAACAACUGAUGUACAGGUGGCAGGGAUGCUGAUUUAUUAUAUCCUUUCUGGAGGAUAUCAUCCAUUCUACCCUGAAGGAAAGGAUCCAUUUGUUAUCAACAAGUCAUUUCAAUGCGAGUCCAACAUUUGUGAAGGGAUCUACAGAUUGGAACGAGUUGAUGAUGUGGUGGCCAAGGACCUAAUUGAACAGAUGAUCAAUAAAGAACCAGCAAAAAGACCAAAAGUGGAAGAAUGCUUGAGUCACCCCUUCUUUUGGACCGAUACACAGAAAGUUGGAUAUUUGAAAAACAUUGGUAACCGAAAGGAGGUGGCAAAAUAUCAAGAGGCUGAUGAAAAACUGGUUCARUCAAUGGAAAAUAUCUCAAGAGAUGACUCCUUCAGAAAAUGGAAACAGAAGUUUUCACCACAGCUGGUUCAGAAGAUGGAUGGAAGAAAACCCUACAAUGAGAACAUCUUGGGAUUGUUGCGGUUCAUGCGCAACCUUCAUGAGCACUA